AUGCGCUCAGUCUGCAGCAUGUCGGCCUCUGCAGCAGGGGGGGGUGUCCCCUGGAGGAACAACAGCUUCAUACUGGGGGGGAGCCGGGACCCUCCUCUGUCCGACCAGGGGGAGACCAUCAUUGGAGUGUACCUGCUAGUGCUAGGUUGGUUGUCCUGGUUCGGAAACAGCAUCGUCCUCUUCGUGUUGUACAGACAGAGAGCCACGCUGCAGCCCACAGAUUACCUGACCUUUAACCUGGCCGUGUCUGACGCCAGCAUCUCCGUGUUCGGAUACUCCAGAGGGAUCAUUGAGAUCUUCAACGUCUUCCAGGACAGCGGCUUCCUCAUCGCAUCCAUCUGGACCUGCCAGGUAGACGGUUUCUUCACGCUGAUAUUCGGUCUGAGCAGCAUCAACACUCUGACGGUGAUCAGCAUCACGCGCUACAUCAAAGGAUGUCACCCCAACAAAGCCCAUCACAUCACCCGGGUCAGCGUGUCCAUCUGUCUACUGCUCAUCUGGAUCACAGCUGGAUUCUGGUCUGGAGCCCCCCUGCUGGGCUGGGGCAGCUACAAAGAUCGUGGGUACGGGACUUGUGAGAUCGACUGGGCCAAAGCGGGUUACUCGGGUGUGUACAGGUCGUACAUCAUCUCUAUCUUCAUCUUCUGCUUCUUCAUGCCGGUGCUCAUCAUGCUCUUCUGCUACGUGUCCAUCAUCAACACGGUGAAGAGAGGCAACGCGCUGUCUGCCGAGGGCGACCUGACCGACCGCCAGAGGAAGAUCGAGAGAGACGUCACCAUUGUUUCCAUAGUGAUUUGCACCGCCUUCAUCUUGGCCUGGUCUCCGUACGCCGUGGUGUCCAUGUGGUCGGCCUGGGGUUUCCACGUCCCUAACCUGACCAGCAUCUUUACCCGCCUGUUCGCCAAGUCGGCCAGCUUCUACAACCCCCUCAUCUACUUUGGCCUCAGCUCCAAGUUCAGGAAGGAUGUGGCCGUGCUGCUGCCGUGCACCCGCGACACCAAGGACACCGUCAAGCUGAAGCGCUUCAAGCCCAAGGCCGACGCCCACGGCCGACCCGCCGCAGGUGGUGGAGCCAGACUCAAGGUCCCUCUAAACCGCACAGAGAAGAAGUACAUAUCCCUGAACCAGCCGAACCCCAUCCCCAGCCCGGACUCAGGGAUGGGGAGCCCGCCCACCACGCCGAUGCCAUCAAACAGCAAGGAGGUGUUCUACAUCGACACCCCACAACCGUCAGAGACCAACUCAGGGUAUGAGUGUGCCCGACUCUGAGGAACUCUACAGACCUGCAGGAGGACCGACCAGGUCUACGAUCCACUGACUGGACCCUGAUCCACUGACCGGGUAAACCCUGACACCUGACGUACCGACCUGCAGUACACACAGACCUCAGCAGGGGGCACUGAGGACACCCAAUCCUGACUCUUAAAGUAGUGAAGAAGACAUGCAGUGAGUUAGUCUGUAUAAAGACCAGCGGAACCAGGACCAGACCAGGACCAGGACCUGUUGACCCCAGGAAGAAUAGCUGAGCUCUCGGGU